UCUAGUGUAGACACUAUCUGUCCAACUAAUGAGUGGGUCAGAUCCUGUGGAUGAUAGAGCUGACAACGGGAGACUAACACGUGCACGGGCACUAAGGGUACCGCACGCGUUCCAGGCCUUGGAGCCGGGAGAAGAAAGAAGGAUACGUAGAGCCCGUGCGCUAGCAGCGGGGAUAGCAGAAGCAAAAAGAGCAGCAAGAGAGCAGGCAACAGCAGCCAGAGCAGCUGCGAUGGCUAACGGCGCAAGCUCUGCUGCGUCUUCAUCUGCGUCCUCGUCAGGGACUAAUGGGNCAAGAGAGCAGGCAACAGCAGCCAGAGCAGCUGCGAUGGCUAACGGCGCAAGCUCUGCUGCGUCUUCAUCUGCGUCCUCGUCAGGGACUAAUGGGAGCUCGUUGGGAAUGCCAACGAGUUCCACAAGUUCCUCAGGCACUUCCGGUUCCUCAGGUUCUAGACAGUCUUCUAGUCAAAUGGCAGGCUCGCAGUUCAGCCCCAUUACCGCACGAGAGCGGGAGCUCAAAGAGAUCCAACAGGUCGAGAGGCUACGCCCUAAGUUAGAGCAGGACCUGAAAGAGGCAACCGAUAGAGAAAAUGAAAUGAAAACUAGAGCAGCCAGGCUUGAAACUUUAGAGGCUGACAAGGCUGAACUAGAGGGCUUGGAUGAGGCAACAAUGAAUGCCCAGAUGAAAGUGUUGAAGAAGAAUGUGCUGUCGCUGCACGCGCAUGUGGACAGCAGAUUCGACUUCAUGCAAAGCACUCUAGACCAGAUCCUGGACGCUUUGACAAGGCCAGGAUACCGGUCACCAGCACAAUCGUCGUUGCCGUUAUCGGCGAUGUCAGGCCCCUUUCCGGUUCAAGCUGGCACACAGCCAAGUGGCACAUCUGCAGCAGCAACACAGACUGUUGCAUCUUCUUCUUCGGGUCCAGCGGUGGUUGCUACACCACCGCAACAGACUAGUCCUCCACAAGGACAGCCACAAGGAUUGAGUGUUUCCAUGGAUUUCAUGGACACUCUUGUGACCAGCAAGAGUGGUAAAAGGCACAUCUUCGUCAUCAUUGACCGAUUCACCAAGUACGCUAGACUAAUACCAAUGCCAGAGACAGCCAGGACAGAAUACAUCAUCAAGUUGUUAAAGGACAACUGGGUAAGGGACUUUGGAUUACCAAAGACCAUCAUUAGUGACCGAGAUGUCCGAUUUACAAGUGAGCUGUGGAAGAAGACUGCGGAACAGAUGGGCAGUCAACUUCAAAUGACUUCAGGGAAUCAUCCCGAAGCCAACGGACAGGCCGAACAAAUGAAUAGAGUUGUACAACACUUGCUGAGGCAUUACAUCAAGCCCAACCAGGAUGACUGGGAUGAGCAGUUACCUCUCAUCGCCAGCCUGUACAACAAUGCUAUACAUAGCAGUACCGGCGUUAGUCCUAACCAGCUGCACUUAGGAUGGAAGCCUAGAUCAGCAUUAGACUUCCUCCUACCCGAAAACCGACCUGUUGCAACUCCAGGCACUCUUGAAUACGGUGUGCAGUAUGAGAAGUUGCUGCAAGAGGCUGUUGAACAUAUGAAGAAGGCUCAGCAAGCCAUGAUUGCUUCUGAGAAUCAACAUCGUAGACAGUCUACAUUUCAGGUAGGGGAACGUGUCUGGGUGAAGGCUAGCAUAGAGCUUCCGGUGGAGAGUGGCAUGUCAUCACCUGAGAUGGAGCAGUGGUCUGUUUCUGCACCUGCACGAGAUGAGCUUUGUCGUCGGGACCUGAGCAGUAUGUUUGCAUCUGCAGCUGUUGAGAGCCAGGAGAUCAACGGACAGGAAAUGGUCGUAUCGCCAGAUCGCAAUUUUUGCAACGAAAGCACACCGCAGCCGCAGGAGGACGGAAAGUCGAUGUCCGCCAUCGUCCAGACACAGAAUAUCGAUGACGUUGCGCAGGCUUCUGCAGGCACGUCGAUCCCUCAAUCUCGUAGUGUGGAAUUUCUGGAGACCAUCUUCUCUCCAGUUUUCAAAGUGUUUGGUGGCGGCACGAUGACGUCUAGCAUGGCCUCGACAGUCCAGAGACAGGAGGUGGAGGGCGAAGGGCAGCGUGAUGAUGCGUCUACCACAUCCACGCUGGGUGAGGUUAAUCCGAAAGAGACCGGCAAGGGUAUCGGCAUCUGCUGUCGCACUGUGAUAGUCACAAAACAUUCGUCAGGGGCAGAGACUGGGGCAUCGCCCAUUGGUGUAGAGAAACAAGGCGGUGCUGUGGAAGGCACAGAUGUGACCAAGAAACAUGCAAAGGGUCGGCAUGAACAAGGACAGCCAGAGAAGAGCGGCAGCGAGAUUGUACAUGACGAUGGUGCCGAGAAACUAAUGGGUGAGGUGCUGCAUGACAGUGAGUUGGUGAAGAGUGGAGAGAGACUGGCACCUCAAAUGAAUCAGGAGAGAAGGGCAGCGGUUAGGGUGGGUGAAACAGGCACCCCAAAUGAAUGCAGGGAAGGCAUGUUGGGAAAAGCAGAGGCACAGGCAUCACUGCAAGUGACCUUGGAGGAUACUAUUGCGGAUGACGACGAGAUAAGGGGAGGGAAAGAUUGGCCUGCUGCGCCGGCAGAGGCAAUGGAAAUGAUGGGGGCAGAGGCAAUGGAAAUGAUGGGGACGGCGGCGAUGGUGGAGGCAAUGGAGGAGGGGCAAGCAAAACUGGCUGCCUGUGAGAAGGAUGGGGGCAAGGAAACAGACCAUCACGCCAUGGAGGAAGAGGCAUUUGCAGCCGUGCCUGGAAAAGAUGGCCCUGGGAAUGAGCAAUCUCCAGCUGUGGGUAGCGAAGGUGGCACUGGGAACAUACUCAUGCCUGUUGCAGGUUGUGCCGCCGAGGGAUGUAUGGAUGAUGACAGCAGCGAUCAAGGUGGAGCUGAAGAAGAAGAAGAAGGAGGUUUUCAUGACUUCAAUCCAUACUCGUUCAUCAAGCGACUGCCAAAACUCUCUGAUAUCGUAUCAGCGUGUCGUCCGCAUCUGCUCCCGAAGCAGACACGUAGAUCUCCUCCUAUCUCACUCGUACUGGAUUUGGAUGAAACCCUCGUUCAUUCUACCCUGGAGAUUUGCCCAGAUGCUGAAUUCUCUUUCCCUGUUCAUAUCAACAACCAACAUCAUACGUGCCGCCGCAGCAAGACAGAGGCAUACGUGCACAUCGUCGUUAAGUUGUGGAAAGCUCGGCGUUCUCCGGACCGAAGCAGUCCAGUCACGUACUGUGACAGCCAGUCCCAUAGACAUAAGCGUAUGCCGAUGUGUAUGCGACUAUGCGUAUGCGCAAUGCUUUAGGCAUUCUGGAAGACAUAAUCAUGUCAGCCAUUCUGGAACCACAGUAAAACUUGCUAAAAAGU